GAUCGGCGGAUCCUCCCAGCGCGGCGCAGGGUAACAAUGGUGCUGGCGGGGAGCAGCGGGCGCCCUGAUUGACAGCCCGAGCCUCCUAAAAAAGGCCGCGGAGCGAUGGGAGCGAUGCUUAUCGGCGGCUUUAUAUAGCGGGGAGCCGGCGCCGCGCAGCGCGGCCCAAGCGGCGGGGACAGCGUGGACACAGUGGGGACAGCGGGGACAGGCUCGGCGAGCCGGGCGCCCAUGCGAGCCGGGCGCGGCUCUGGCCGCCCCGCAGGGGUCCCGCCAUGCACGGCCAGCCCCAGCCCCAGCCCGGCCCGCAGCCCCCGGCGCGGCUGCCCGCGUCCGGCCGGCCCAAGGCAGGCAGGAGGCGCUACAAGACCUUCAUGAUCGACGAGAUCCUCUCCAAGGAGACCUGCGACUACUUCGAGAAACUUUCCUUGUACUCCGUGUGCCCGUCGCUCCUGGUCCGGCCCAAGCCGCUGCACUCCUGCGCCGGCUCCCCUUCUCUCCGGGCCUGUCCCCUCAUCUCUGUCAUCACCCGGCAGCCGCCCGUGCUGCCCCAGCUGCUCUCGGCCGCCGGCAGCUCCCGGGUGCUGCCAGCCCAGCCCUGCGUGGGCCCCGUGGGCACAGAGGUUCCCCCCAGUGAGGCCCAAGGCAGCAGCGAGUCGGAAGCAGAGCAGCCCCCACCACGCUCGAAGAAGCCACGCCGAAGUAGGACCAUCUUCACUGAGAUCCAGCUCAUGGGCCUGGAGAAGAAAUUCCAGAAGCAGAAGUACCUCUCCACCCCCGACAGGCUUGACUUAGCCCAGUCCUUGGGGCUGACUCAGCUCCAGGUGAAGACGUGGUACCAGAACCGUAGGAUGAAGUGGAAGAAAAUGGUGUUGAAGGGUGGACAGGAAGCUCCAACGAAGCCCAAAGGCCGUCCAAAGAAAAACUCCAUUCCCACCUCGGAGGAGAUUGAAGCAGAGGAGAAAAUGAACAGCCAGGGUCAGAGUCAGUUGCAGGAGGGAUCUCAAGCCUCUGAGGAGCCAAAACUAACAGAGGAGAACCCAGAAGAAGUCAUGUUGGAGAGAGAGAAGUCUCCAGAACAUAUACCAGAGCCUUCCUCAGAGGAGACUACACCAUUAAGUUAAAAGGGAGAGAAAGAGAGAAAGGAGGGGAAAAGAAGAGAAAAAAAAUGAUCAGAGAGAAAAAAUGAAA